AUGUUUCGCUCGUGUAUAUCAAUCGCAGCGCUGGUCACUCUGACCUCGGCGGCGCUCCCGAACAAAGAUUGGUACAGGAACAGUCUGGUGUACCAGAUCUACCCGAGGAGCUUCAAGGAUAGCAACGGCGACGGCAUAGGCGACCUGAACGGUAUCACGAGCAAACUCGAGCACAUCGCGGACAUCGGCGCCCAAGCGUUAUGGAUGUCACCGAUCUAUCCGAGCCCGCUGUCGGACUUUGGCUACGACAUCUCCAAUUUUACCGACAUUCACAAGGACUACGGCACCUUGGACCAUUUCGACCAGCUCGUGGCGAAGGCAAAGAGUCUCGGGUUGAAGGUGUUACUCGACUUUGUGCCGAAUCACAGCUCGGACGAGCACGAGUGGUUCAAGAAGAGCAUCCAACGGAUCAAGCCGUACGACGAGUAUUACGUGUGGCGCGACCCGAAAAUGGUAAACGGCACUAGGCAACCGCCGAACAACUGGCUGAGUGUAUUCCGGGGUUCCGCCUGGGAAUGGAAUCCAACGCGUAAACAAUAUUACCUGCACCAAUUCGACAAAGGCCAGCCGGAUCUCAACUACCAUAGCGAUGUGCUGCAGCAAGAGAUGAAGAACGUGCUGAAAUUCUGGAUGGCUCGGGGCGUGGAGGGCUUCCGCAUCGACGCUAUCAAUCACAUGUACGAGGACGACCGUUUCCUGGACGAGCCCCGAAUAAACGUGCCCGGCUUGCCGGACGACGAUUACGACACCCUGGAUCACAUCUACACGAAGAAUCUGCCCGAGACUUACAACGUUCUCCGAUCGUGGCGACAAGUGCUGGACGAACACUCCGAGGACGCCGACAUGAAGAUGAUCUUGACCGAGGCCUACGUGGACGUCAAUCUCACUAUCAAGUAUUACCAAUCGGGCUCGACCGUACCCUUCAACUUCAUGUUCAUCGCCGAACUCAACAACAAGUCCAGCGCGGUCGAUUUCAAGCUGCUGAUCGAUCGUUGGAUGAACCAUCUACCUAACGAUCCGGCGUACGUCGCGAACUGGGUGGUGGGCAAUCACGACAACCACCGCGCGGCCUCGCGAUUCGGCGUGAAACGGGCCGAUCAGCUCUCCAUGUUGGCGACGAUCUUACCCGGUGUGAGCGUGAUUUACAACGGCGACGAGAUCGGCAUGGUCGACCGACCGUUCACGUACGAGGAAACGGUGGAUCCCGCCGGAUGCAACGCCGGCCCCGACAGAUAUCAUCUGAAAUCGCGGGACCCGGAGAGGACGCCUUUCCAAUGGGACAACAGUACGAGCGCCGGUUUCUCCACGAACGCCACGACCUGGCUUCCGGUCCACAGCAAUUACAAGACCCUGAAUCUAGCGGCGCAGAAGACCGCGACUGUGUCGCAUUACAAAGUAUUCAAGUCCUUGGCGCAGCUGAAGAGGAAGCCCGUCAUCGAGCAGGGCAAGCUCGAGAUCGUCCUAGUCACCAAGAAGAUUCUCGGUGCGGUGCGACGACACGACGCAUCCAUCGUCGCGCUCAUGGUUAACUUUGACAACUCGCCGGUCACCGUCGACGCCAGGGCCUGGAUGAAUAUUCCGGAGCGACUGAUCGUCUAUGCGUCUAGCGUAGACUCCAAGCUGCUCGCGGGAACGUACGUCGACACAACUCGCGUCACCAUGCCCGCUUCGGCCUCUGUUGUGCUUGCCACGGAGGAUUUGCUUUAG